UGGCUUUAUGUCUCUACGUGAAGAACUUUGAAUCCCUUGUUGUUGAAAUUAUCUCCAUAAAAUACACAAAUAAGGACUUAUUUGUGUAUUUUGUGUAAAAAUGCAAGGGUUUCAGUUCAAUUCACGCUAGUCCCACAAUGACAUAAACACUUUCACGUACUCUUUUUUCCACACGUGUGACUUUUUAUUCACGAGUUUUAUACAUUUGACAUUACUUAUUUUUUAAAUGCAAUUCUAUUGUAUUUUUGCACAGUAAGCUGACAUACAAGAAGACAUGUCUCAGGACUUGCUCGUGGCUGCUUUAGACCUGCUAUAGAAUCACAUUGAAUGGAUUUUAGGGAUUUCACCCGUCGCCCUCUGAGCUUCUCCGUGUAUGUAGCAGAGUUGAAUGAUGGUAUUAUGACUGGUAAUUGUAUACUUUGUACUACAUUUGCCUCUUUACAGUGUAAACACCGCUGGUUUGUUAGUCUUGUGAAAUCACGGAUCCACGUGGAGGAAACCAGCGCGUCCUGUGUGACCACGUGAUGAUGUCUCACUCUGUCGGGAUUUCUUUGAACCACAAACACACGUGCGACAGACGGGUCACGUGUCCUUGGACUUGGUCCUCAGUACAAUAAUCUCAAUGUACAAUAAAAUAAAAUAAUUCGGUAAAAAAGGGAGAAAGGAAACGAGAACAAACCAAAUGACACAACUCUGUGAGAUGUUUUCAGAUGGUUUCGUUAAUGACAUCCUCUUUUGUGUACUUCUCUUUUUACUGACAGAAACGACACACAAUAUGAAACAAGAACUAACUAUUAACUUCUUGCUGUGUCAAUAAAUCUCAGUUGCCUGGAAAGCCUCAUUCCACUGGUGGAUUGUGGCAGGGACAAAGUGUUCAAUGAUUAGUGAAACACACACUAUGGCAUCGUCAUUACACUGACUUCAUGCUUAUUGUGUUGUGUUACUAUAUUAUGAGCCUUUGUCUACUUGGUCUGCGGUGUUUCUUAUUUUAUUGGCAUUCAUGAUGUGGUUAAUUAAGAAGGAAAAGAGGCAAAACACAGACACCUUUGAAAACAGGCUUGUCAGUUCUGCCAACAUCAACAGGGGGAGGAGUCAGGGAAACGCUUCCUGUUGCACUGCAGGAAGCACAGUCUUUUUUCAAAAUAAAAACUAAACAAUAGUUUGACCGUUUCAGAACAAAACUUCAGUAUUUAAAUCGAAGUAAACUGACCCUUACUCUUACAUUACGUCUAUAUUUAACAUCUUUAACAUGUUUCCCAGAUCAAUGGUUAGUUUUUAUUCAAUUUAGGGAUAUAGUCCUUAAUUAUAGACAAGUCAAAUAACUUUUUUUUGCAAAAAAGGGGGAAACGUAAAAGUAAGAAAAGUACACAUUGGAAACUUACUAAAACCAUUUUAAAAGGUAGCAUAAUAUAUUGAAGUUGAGCAGAAGAUCUCAAAUGUAUCUUCAAUCACUUUUAGACAACGACGGAGCUCUAUGGCACAGAGGAGAUUCAACCUGCUUUAUUCUGAAGGCUGGCCUGUGAGCGGAAGUGGGGUUUUCCGGUGCGUUGUCAUGGCAGCCGUGUUGCGUUCGUCGCCACCGUGUACCGAGCUGACAGCAGCCGGGAUGACAGCGUGGAAAACACACGCACACACCGCUGCUCUAUAAAAGCCAGACACACACACACGCUCACACACACACACACACUCACACACACACACUCAGCGACACACGGAGAGAAGUUGCUUAAAUCUUUCUACUUGAACAAUGGGCGUCAUCAUCUCACACAUCUUCUCCCGGUUCAUCUCCAAGACACCGGUCAGGAUUUUAAUGGUGGGUCUGGAUGCAGCAGGUAAAACCACUCUGCUGUACAGACUGAAGCUCGCUGAGGUCGUCACCACCAUCCCGACCAUCGGUUUUAAUGUGGAGACAGUGGAGUACAAGAACAUCAGUUUCACAGUUUGGGAUGUUGGAGGUCAGACCAUCAUCAGACCUCUGUGGAGACACUACUUCACUAACACGCAGGGUCUGAUAUUCGUGGUCGACAGCAGCGACCCCGAGCGGAUCAAAGAAGCCGCUGACGAGCUUCACAGGAUGGUAAACUGCGACUGUGGCGGUGCUGGAGGAGGACGAGCUGAGGGGCGUGGCCUUACUGGUGUUCGCCAACAAACAGGAUUUGCCCAGAGCCAUGUCCGUGAGUGACAUCACGGAGGCUCUGCGCCUAUCGGGAGUCUCGCAGCCGUGGUCGGUCCAGGCGUCCUGUGCCGUGAGCGGGGCGGGUCUGGUCGAGGGUCUGGACUGGCUCUCGGACCGGAUCCUCACACCGUGAUCACUUCCUGUGGAGCUGGAGAAACACUCUGGGCCCGGCUCGAGGUCGGAGCCACACGCACAACACACGUGUUCAUGAACUUCGUGCGUGUUCCUUCACACGCUGCUCUGUCCUCUCACCACUCUCCUCACAGCAGGGGUUAAAAGUGUCUGUUGUUUCACGACGGGGAAACCAGGCCGGAGAGCUCAGUGGAUCAAACAAACGUCCCCACGAUGUCAAAUUAUGUUUAAUCUUAGAUUCAGAAAACGACGCCGCAGAUUCAUUUAGAGCUUUAAAAGUGGACAAAAAUCUGUUUUCUAUUGCGUGUCUCUGGUGAUGUUUGGAACUUUUCUUUAAAGAAAGUUAAACUUACAUUUUGUUGAUGUUUUCAUUUGUCUAAUCCUUAUUUUAUAGCAGAUGUUCAUAUUCAGUUCAUCUGUCUGCUGAUUUUACACUUGAAAUAAAUGUAUAUUUUAAUAAACGAUAUUUUCAUAAAACCUCA